UACUAGUGCCAGUCUAGUCUAGUGUAGUCACAUCACAAUUAAUUCACAAGAGAAGCAAAGUAAAGCAGCAGAAGCAGAAAGAGAGGAAGAGAGAGAGCAGAAGAGGAAGGAGGAGCCCAUGGGGAACAUACUGAAGAGGUGCUUCAGUGGAGGAGAAGAAGAAGAUGGGCAGUACCCCUACUACCAUCCAGCAUCCAGGCCCCACUACCAGCCUCACUCUCCCCAUGAGCAGGAAGAAGGCCAUGGAGUGGCCGCCCUGGCUCAAGACCUCCUCAACUUUGAGUCAACAGCGUCCAUGGUUCCUGAGGGGCUCAGGCAGCAUGUUACUGCGUCGAAGAAAGCACAGGUUAAAUGGUAUCAGAAUAUGUUGGAGGCAUAUAAAAAUACAACUCCCCCACCAAGAACACCGGCAGAGGCAGCCCAACUAGUUGCAACAGCCCUUGACUGGAUCCAGAGAGCUGAUUUGGAGGGCAUCCUUGAAUUUUACGGCUUCUCGAUCCCAUCACUUCCUGCAGCAUCCUCAACCCACCAUCCACAAUUGUUACCAGAGGGAGUGCAGUUUGUCCUGAACACUUUGCCGGUUAAUAACAAAAAUAUUGGAGAUGGAGAUGGCUUUACUGCUUAUGUCGCAACAACAGAUCCGAGGGAGUCCGCAAUUGUGCCAUUGGAAGUGCAUGAGAUGGUGAUUGAAAGGAAUCAAGCGCGCAACCGUAGGGAUUACCAGAGUGCCGAUGCACUUCAAAAUAGACUGAAUGAAGCUGGAUACAAGAUAUUAGUCUGUUCAGAUGAAGAGAUCCUAGCAAGGAAAUACCGAAUCAGAAUGAGGGGAAUCGAUGCACCCGAGCUUAAGAUGGCAUAUGGAAAGGAAUCAAGGAAUGCUUUGGUGAAGCUCAUCGGUGGGAAAAGAACCAUAAUCCAUGUGUAUGGGCUGGACCAAUUCGAGCGCUACGUCGGUGACAUCUAUUGCGACAAUGUGUUCAUCCAGGAGCAAAUGCUGAAGAAUGGUCACGCAUGGUAUUUCAAGAAGUACGACAAACGCGGGGAGUUUGCUAAAUGGGAGAGAGAGGCAAGGGCUGCAUAUCGAGGGCUUUUCGUAUUAGAGAACCCUGAGAAGCCGUGGGACUGGAGAAAAAAGCAGCGCAAUGGUGGCAUUCCAGUCUGCUAGCUUCAAAUGGUCAGAAAGAUGUAUAUAGUUCAUUUGGUAACUAUGUGUUGGAUGGAUCUUGAACAGCAUCACCAUGUUGCAAAUGAAAUAAUGUGUCAGCCAUAAACCAAAAGCCAAAAUGUCAUGUUUGUUGACCAACCAACCGAGUACGGAAUGAAUCUUGUUAGAUGAAUUCUAAAUCUGUGAUGAUGUAUAAUUAUUAAAGUGCUAUCUCAUAA